CACUGCUGUACAAACCCAUUGACCGAGUGACACGGAGCACCCUCGUCCUACACGACCUCCUCAAACACACUCCAGCUGACCACCCCGACUACCCACUGCUCCAGGAUGCGCUCCGCAUCUCUCAGAACUUCCUCUCCAGCAUCAAUGAGGACAUCGAUCCCCGGAGGACAGCGGUCACCACCCCCAAGGGCGAGACCCGGCAGCUCAUCAAGGAUGGCUUCUUGGUGGAGCUGUCAGAGGGCUCACGGAAGCUGCGGCACGUCUUCCUCUUCACCGACGUGCUGCUCUGUGCCAAGCUGAAGAAGACAGCAGUGGGGAAGCACCAGCAGUACGACUGCAAGUGGUAUGUGCCCCUGGCCGACCUGGUGUUCCCCUCACCGGAGGAGUCGGAGCACUGCCCACAGGUCCAUGUCAUCCCUGACCACGAGCUGGAGGACAUGAAGAUGAAGAUCUCUGCCAUCAAGAGUGAGGUGCAAAAGGAGAAAGCCAACAAGGGGCAGAGCCGAGCCAUCGAGCGCCUCAAGAAGAAAAUGUUUGAGAACGAAUUCUGGCUGCUCCUCAACUCCCCUGCCAUUCCCUUCCGCAUCCACAACCGCAACGGGAAGAGCUACCUUUUCCUGCUGUCUUCUGACUAUGAGCGGUCUGAGUGGAGGGAGGCCAUCCAGAAACUGCAGAAAAAGGACCUCCAGGCUUUUGUCCUGAGCUCGGUGGAGCUGCAGGUGCUCACGGGAUCCUGCUUCAAGCUACGCACUGUCCACAACAUCCCGGUCACCAGCAACAAGGAUGAUGACGAGUUCCCUGGGCUCUACGGGUUCCUGCAUGUCAUCGUCCACUCCGCCAAGGGCUUCAAGCAGUCUGCCAACCUUUACUGCACACUGGAGGUGGACUCCUUCGGCUACUUCGUCAGCAAAGCCAAGACCAGGGUUUUCCUGGACACCACCGAGCCACAGUGGAAUGAGGAGUUUGAGAUUGAGCUGGAGGGCUCCCAGUCCCUGCGCAUCCUGUGCUACGAGAAGUGCUAUGACAAGACCAAACUCAACAAGGACAACAAUGAAAUUGUGGACAAGAUCAUGGGCAAGGGGCAGAUCCAG